UUCAGCUCCCUGGAGGGGUGAAGGAGGGACGUCCCAAAGGCCGGUCUUUGAGGAAGGGGUGGGAGUUGACAUCGGGAGGAAGGACCCAGCUGGGUGUCUCAGGGGAGCGAAGGGUUCAGGGGGACAGCCGGGGGUCUCCAGCAUAGAGACCACUGAAGGCUGAAGGAGGGACUUCUUGGCACAAGGCCUUGGAAAGUUCAGGAGCCCUGGAAAGGAGAAGGAAUAAGACGUCAGGAGGAAGAGAGAGAGAGGGUAGAAUGGAAGAGUCUCACUUCAAUUCUAACCCGUACUUCUGGCCUUCUAUCCCCACAGUCUCAGGGCAGAUUGAAAACACAAUGUUCAUCAACAAGAUGAAGGAUCAGCUAUUGCCAGAAAAGGGCUGUGGACUGGCGCCACCUCACUAUCCCACUUUGCUGACAGUGCCUGCCUCAGUGUCCCUGUCCUCUGGCAUUAGCAUGGACACUGAGUCCAAGUCAGAGCAGCUGACCCCACACAGUCAGGCCUCUGUUACCCAGAACAUUACUGUGGUCCCUGUGCCAUCUACAGGACUGAUGACUGCGGGAGUCUCCUGUUCUCAGAGGUGGAGAAGAGAAGGGAGUCAAUCAAGGGGUCCUGGUUUGGUAAUCACAUCCCCCUCAGGCUCUCUUGUGACCACAGCCUCAUCAGCUCAGACCUUCCCUAUUUCGGCUCCCAUGAUUGUCUCAGCUCUUCCCCCUGGCUCACAAGCCCUACAGGUGGUCCCUGACCUCUCCAAGAAGGUAGCAUCAUCCCUAACUGAGGAAGGAGGCGGUGGUGGUGGAGGUGGCAAUGUGGCUCCUCCUAAACCUCCUCGGGGCCGCAAGAAGAAGCGGGUGCUGGAAUCAGGGCUUCCUGAGAUGAAUGACCCUUACGUCCUUGCCCCUGAUGACGACGAUGACCAUCAGAAAGAUGGCAAGACCUACAGGAGCGAAGGGAACUGCGGCACAGGAAAUGGACAGAGCCUUGGGCUCAUGGAUUCAGUUCCCGGCUCCACCACGAACUUGCUGUGUGACCCUGGGUGCCGGAUGUGCUCACUGACCUUCUACUCAAAGUCGGAGAUGCAGAUCCACUCCAAGUCCCACACCGAGACCAAGCCCCACAAGUGCCCGCACUGCUCCAAGACCUUCGCCAACAGCUCCUACCUGGCCCAGCACAUCCGCAUCCACUCGGGGGCCAAGCCCUAUAGUUGUAACUUUUGUGAGAAAUCGUUCCGCCAGCUCUCCCAUCUGCAGCAGCACACCCGGAUCCACUCCAAGAUGCACACGGAGACCAUCAAGCCGCACAAGUGCCCGCACUGCUCCAAGACCUUCGCCAACACCUCCUACCUGGCCCAGCACCUCCGCAUCCACUCGGGGGCCAAGCCCUACAACUGUUCCUACUGCCAGAAGGCUUUCCGCCAGCUCUCCCACCUCCAGCAGCACACACGAAUCCACACCGGUGAUAGACCAUACAAAUGUGCACACCCGGGCUGUGAGAAGGCCUUCACACAACUCUCCAAUCUGCAGUCUCACAGACGGCAGCACAACAAAGAUAAACCCUUCAAGUGCCACAAUUGUCAUCGAGCAUACACAGACGCAGCCUCACUAGAGGCUCACUUAUCUACACACACAGUGAAGCACGCCAAGGUGUAUACCUGCACAAUCUGUAGUCGGGCAUACACAUCGGAAACAUACCUUAUGAAACAUAUGCGCAAACACAACCCUCCUGAUCUUCAGCAACAAGUGCAAGCGGCGGCGGCAGCAGCAGCAGUAGCCCAGGCUCAGGCUCAGGCUCAGGCUCAGGCUCAGGCUCAGGCCCAGGCCCAGGCCCAGGCCCAGGCUCAAGCUCAAGCCCAGGCCCAGGCCCAGGCCCAGGUUUCCCAGGCAUCACAGCAACAGCAGCAGCAGCAACAGCAGCCACCACCACCACCACAACCACCACACUUCCAGUCUCCUGGGGCAGCUCCCCAGGGUGGGGGUGGUGGGGACAGCAAUCCAAACCCUCCACCCCAGUGUUCCUUUGACCUGACCCCCUAUAAGACGGCAGAGCAUCAUAAGGACAUCUGCCUCACUGUCACCACCAGCACCAUCCAGGUGGAGCACCUGGCCAGCUCUUAGAGAUCCGUUCUGCCAUCCACUGGAAAGAGGGAGAAGUUCUGGUCCCUCCUUUGUCAACUCCUCUUGGUGGGAAAGUUCUCUUCUUCCUUGACAAGUCCUGUUUCCAGCUCCUUGGUCCUCAGGCAUGGCUUCCUUCAAGACAACCAUCCUUAAUCUCAGCUGCCCCUGAUUGACAAAGGAAUCCUGAGCUGAUAGUGUUACCCAACAGCCCCAUCCAAGCAGAGCUCUUCAAACUGGGGGUUGGUGCUCGAGAGAGGAUCUGCUAUGGCCUCACAUCUUGUCCAGUGUGGGCACUUACCUUUCUCUCUUCUCAUCCUCAAAGUUGGGGCCAAUGGAAGGCUAGCUGCUGGCCCUCCCAGAUAAUAGAAGGAAGCUCUAAAUGCAACCAGCCUUCCGUUCUACACUUACCUGUAAAAGAACAGGGUUUGCACGUGGCCUGACCCCUGUGAGCCAUUUUCUUUUCCUUACAUGGUCUCACUUCAUAUUGGGUGGUGACUGUACCUUUUUAUUUCUAAGAGGCACAGUAGCUGAUGCAUGGUCGCCAAGGUGCCAGAGAUUCCCCAGGUGACCCAGGGUGGUAUUCAAAUGUGGGUUAUGAUUUUUCCUUGUAGCCUCCAUCCAUCUCUGUCAACCAAGGGCCUAUAUACUCUGCCUCACCACCCCAGUCCAAGGAGCUAUGAGAACUGUUCUCUGCAAACCCUAGCCAGGGUAUUGCAGAGAAGGGAAAUGUCAGGGCACACACACGGACUGGACUUAGCUCCCUAGGUGCCACGGUCAGAUGCCGGACAUGGAUUUAUAUAUAAAUAUAUAUAUAUAAAUAUAUAUAUAUAUAUACCUGCUCAUUCACGGCCAUCUUUGUUGUAACCAUUUCUGUGUUUAUAAACUGCAUUAUCUCAGAA